CGCGCGGUGGGCGUGGCGGCCAGGGGCGGGGACAGGCAAAUGUUGCCCCGGGGGGCGGGGGAACGAGACAGGUGCGAGUGGGGGAUAGGCUCUCUCUUUCGGGGCGUGGCUUGUGGGCCUCCCUUUCCCGCCGACGGUUGGCCACGUCACGUGACAUGGGUUGGAAGAUGGCGUCUCCCACGGACGGGACGGAUUUGGAAGCAUCAUUGCUAAGUUUUGAAAAACUUGACCGUGCUUCGCCAGAUCUUUGGCCAGAACAAUUACCAGGUGUUGCUGAAUUUGCAGCUUCCUUCAAAAGUCCCAUUACUAGUUCUCCACCCAAGUGGAUGGCUGAAAUAGAGCGUGAUGACAUUGACAUGUUGAAAGAACUGGGAAGCCUCACCACAGCUAAUCUGAUGGAGAAGGUACGAGGCCUGCAGAACCUGGCCUACCAGCUGGGGCUGGAUGAGUCCAGAGAGAUGACACGGGGCAAGUUCCUCAACAUCCUAGAGAAGCCCAAGAAGUAGCUGCUGCCUGAGCACAGGUUUCGUGGGGACUGUAACUGGGCUCCCUCCUGGGCAGUUCUGACGGUGCGCACCUCAUACCUCCCUGGGAGGGCCAGAUCUGUACCUCCAGGACUGCCCCUCCCCACGCCUGCAGGCUGCACUCUGAGGACAUUGGUGGCAGGAGGAGAGUCUGCUCUCCCCAGGGAUCGUUGUUACUGAAGCAGCAUCCUAGCCUUGGAAAUCAGUGACACCGGAGUUCCAAGCGGUGCUUCCUUCCUCAUUUCCAGAAUGGUUCGGGAGCCCCAGGAUCGUAGAGCUGCUGGAUGCUGUGAUGGCAAAGCCAUUGUGGCAGACUGACUGGACGGGCUCUUCGGAGCUGUGUGUGAUCUCUCAGGAAGUCCUGGUGCUUCAGGGACAGAAGCGACCUCCUGGGCUCUGGACCAGUGUGUGUCGGACCUGUGGGCGCUCCACUGUGUGGCCACUUCCGAGAUUCCCCAGCCAGAGAAGCCAGAAUCUUCUCAAAAUGUUCACCUGCUUUUUAAGUCCGACGCCUCUCCGCACAGUGUGCCCUCAGUGCCGUUCAUUCCCCACCUCCAAGCCCAUCUUCCAGCGCUGAUGGCAAACCGGGAGACUCCCCAGUAGUGAGUCCCUCCUGACGUCAGCUUCAGGAGCAAAGGGCCUGUGCUGCUUGCUCUGAGUCGCCUGUGCGGCCCUCAGUGAGG